GUAAUGGCGUCAAAAUUAAAUCCUCCGUCCGACUUCGCUCCUGGAAAGAAGAAAGAGGUAUAUGCAGACACUGAGAAGGUAGAUUUACUGCCACCAUCAGCUUUUGAGACACACACUGUGGAUGCAGCUUGGAAGGAGCUUGCUCGAGCUACUAAUGAAGUUAUGCAGCUUAAACUUGAAAACCAGAAACUAAGGGAGAGGAAACCUUUACCACAGUUUAUUCCACAAUAUGAAACCAGAUUUAAAGAUGAUAUUUCCAAAGAUGAAGAAAGAAAAUAUAUAGAUGAAAUAAUCAAACAGAGCAGUGAAAUAUCAGACUUAAAGAAAGAAAUCCAGGCUCUAAAAUCUAAACAGAAGGAGGAACUGCUAGAAAUGGAGAAGCAACACACCUACAGAGAAAGGGAACAUGUUCAGAGGUGUGCCGAAUUAUCGGCCGAAGUGAAGGUACAGGAGGAAAGAUACGACACAGAAAUCGGUAAACUAAGCUACGAUCAUCAGCGACAGAUAGAAGAACUGGAAGGUAUCAUUCAAGGAUUGAGGGAUGAGCUGUCCUUGACCUUGUCAAGGGGAAAGUCAAGGUCAGAAGAGCUGGAAGGUCAGUUAAGGGAGACACAUGAAAAGUUAUCCAGGAGAGUGGAGGAGUUGGAGGCAGAACUCAGAUCCAAAAACCAGACAUUAGAGAACCAAACAAGGCAAGUUAUACAGCUGAAGAAUUACAUAGGAGAAUCUGAAUCUGUACCUAGACCUGUAGAAAUCUGGAGGAAAGAAAAAGAGACACUGGAAAAUCGACUCAAGAUUUGUGAGAUAGACAAGGAGAAUUGUCAGUCUAAUUUACAGUUGUUGAACAUUAGGUUGAACUCAAUGAAAGAAAUAAUGAAUCUACAGGAGGCUGAGCUAUCAAGGGCCAACAAAGAAAAACAUGAUAAAACAAAACAAGACAGCUUACUUCUUACCAGAUGGAGAGAAAAAGUUUAUGAACUACUUGUUCAACAGAAAUCAGCAUCCAUUGUCCAGAAAAAGGAUGACCAGAACUGGCAGGAAAAGGUGUCAGAUGUGCAGAAUCAGCUCACCUCUGCUAAAAACCAGAUAGUGGUCCUAAGUCACUCACUGGCAGACAAACAGGCACAGCUGGACAUUGAGAAAAACAACAACAAAAAAUUACAGGAGGAGGUGUAUCAAGCCCAGCAGAUGGCGCUGAGUCUGGACGAUAGACUACAGGAAAACGCAGAGACAGUGGACCAGCUACAUCAUUUCUCGCACAGUAUCAGCAGUAAGUUUGAGGGAAAUUUUGGAAUCAUGCAAAGCAUCCUGGGGUCCCUGAAAGCUUAUGGACAGAGAAUAAGCUUUGCUAGCAGUCGGAUUGAGGUUUUACAAGGAAUUUAUGCACGGAAUGAAGCCAUGAAGAAAGUAAAGACAGAAGAUGAAGAUAUGGACGGCACUUCAAGAGGUCGAGAUGAUACUGAGAGUGUCACUUAUGUAUCCUCGGAGCUGGAGCGAGUAAUGCACGAGCGAGACAGACUGGCCGCGCAGUUAAAACAGGACGCAGAAACCUGGAGUGAGAGAUUACAGGCAGCCACUGCCAAAUGUGGAGAAGAGAAUAAAAAUUUAAGAAAGACAGUGGAAGACUUAGAGCAGGUGCUGCAGGAAAAGACCCAGAAAUGCUCAUGUCUGGAGGAAUUGUCUGAAAAAGUCCAAGGUGAAUUAGAGGAAGCAUACGAUAACAUAGAUCAUUUGAAGACAGAAUUAGCGAAGAGGGAAGUAGGAAUGGAACAAGUCAUGUCAGAACAAAAGUCAGAAAUAGAAGCAGAAUUUCGAGAGCAGCUGGCAGAGUAUGACAGAAAACUCAGUGAUGCUAAAAGAGAGCACACUAAGGCAGUGGUAUCAUUACGACAGUUGGAACGGCAGGUGGCUAGGGAGAAGGAUCGUACUGCAGAGCAGAGCUUGAUGGUGGAGAAGCACUAUAGUCAUCAGUUAUCUACCCUACAGGAACAGGUGAAGUCACUGGAGAAGGAGAGGAAUCUUAUGAUGGCAACACUCAGACAGGAGGGCUUGUUGAGUAAAGUGAGGUCACAAAGGUCGGAACCCAUCCAGGUACAGGAACUAGAUGUUGGCCAGCAGUUCAAAAAGGUCACAACUAUUCAUGACAAUGUCCCUGGAGAAGAGAGGGAAAAUGGGAAUGAAGAACCAAUAUCAGCUGUUUUAGAGGAUUUAAAAGUGUUAACCACCGCAGUUAUGGAGGACGAUUUCUCUGGCUCAGAUUCAGAUAGCUGAUAAGUAAUAAUGUAUAGAUACAGGAUUCUAACUGUGAUAUAACAUGACAGGACUAGCUGCUCCCCUCUGUGUGUGUCAGAGAAGAUGAAAUAAGGAGACUGUCAAAUCAAUGAUGCCCUAGAAAAAGGAGAAAGGGCAGUGAAAGAAGGUUUUUUUUUUUCUCGUUUCAAAAAUGGAAGAACAUUUUGUAAUUCUUUUGACCUAAAUCUAAAAGGGUCCAAUAAGAUUAAUCUGAUAAGGUUCCUUUAGUAGGAUAAAGCCUUGUAAAAACCAUGUCUCCACAUGAUAAUUGGAGUGCUGUCACUAGUGCAGUGCACAUUGUUUCUAGAUACAGAUUAUUGAAUAGCUUAGAAAUACUUUAUUAUGUAUAUGACCUUAUUGUAGUUAAAAGUACAAUAAAUGAUAAUGACCGAAGAUUGUCCCAAUUUGACUGGCGAUAAACACAGCUAAAUAGCGAUAAGCCUAAAAUUAUAUGAUAAUGGUCAAUAGCAAUUAAGAAUUUGAUUCCAGUAAACACAUAUGAACAAAAAAAAUAUC